AUGCCAAAACGCAAACACUCCGACCUCGACACCAAACCCACUGUCACAAACGACGCAACCGGCCGCAUCGCGAACCGCCUCUCCGUCAAAUUCGAUUAUGAAGUGAACGUCCUCUCGCGCGCACUGAAAGUCUCACGCGGCUUCGAGAAGCAGAAGAUGGGGAGACGGGGGAAAAAGGCCCGCUCAGAGGAGGGCGCGAAGCCAGGGACGGUGGGAAGGAUAGAGGAGGAGAAUAAGAUUCUCAAGGCACUAGACAUGGACAAAACAGCAAGCAAAUACAUUCUCAAACAACUCGCGCGCACGAAGCGUAUCGCCGAGGCACCUGCGUUCAUUUACUUCCGGGAGAACUUGAAAAAGAAUAUUUCGCUUGAUGGGCCGCAGAGUGCGGCAGAGGGGAAUGUGCUUGCAAGAUUGUACAAGUCGAAUCCGGUGAAGGAGGUGUUUCCGGGGAUUAUGGAGGGGUUUAGGAAGCUUUUGGGGUUGGACGCCCCGGCAGGAAAGCAGGAGAAGAAUGUUACUUCGGGGAGUGCUCCGCGGGGGGACAGUGAGGGUAAGGAGGGCAAGCAGUCCAAGCACAAGGUCAAGGAUGAGGAUGCAGUUGAGGAGAGAGAUAUCGAUACGGACAUGGGCGAAGAAGCUGCAAGUGGCAGCGAAGACUCCGAAGACUUCGCACAAUUCAACUCCCGCCUCGCCGGCUCCGACUCCGAAUCCGAAUCCGACGACGACAACGAUCGUCUCGACCCAAUGGCUAUCUCCCCUUCCCCCUCGCGCUCUUCAUCCCCCGACCUCGACCUCGACCUCGAAUCAGAACCCUCACCCUCACCCUCAGCCUCUCCCGAACCAGAACCCUCCCCCGCCAAGAAAACAAAAACCAAAGCCGCCUCCUCCAAAGAACCUUUAACAAGUACAACCUUCCUCCCCUCUCUCUCAAUGGGCGGUUAUGUCUCUGGUUCCGAAUCCGAGCCCUCAGACGACGAAGACUCCCAACCACGCCGCAAAAACCGCAUGGGCCAACAAGCCCGUCGCGCACUCUGGGAGAAGAAAUUUGGUUCGCGCGCGAAUCACGUCAAGAUGCAGGCUGCUAAGGAGAAGAGGAAUCGGGAUAGUGGGUGGGAUGUACGCAGAGGUGCUACAGGUGGUGGUAAGGGGGCUGCGACUGGUGCGAACAGGGAGAUGAGGGGGAACAGGCUUCAGAGAGAUGGUGAGAAUAAAAGGAAGGAGCCCGUGGAUGAUAAACCGAUGCAUCCGUCGUGGGAGGCGGCUCGGAAGGCGAAGGAGGCUCAGGCGAGUACGGCGGCGUUUAAGGGGAAGAAGGUUACUUUUGAUUAG